GCAAUGAGCGCGGCUGGCGGGCGGGGUUUGGCUGCUAUCGGAGCAGAGGCUCGGCACAGUGUGACGAAGACAUGGCUGAGAGCGACUGGGAUACCGUGACCGUGCUGAGGAAGAAGGGCCCGACCGCCGCGCAGGCCAAGUCCAAGCAGGCGAUUAUAGCUGCUCAGCGAAAAGGCGAAGAUGUAGAAACCUCCAAAAAAUGGUCAGCCGGUCAGAACAAGCAGCACACGAUCACCAAGAACACAGCCAAGCUGGACCGGGAAACGGAAGAGCUUCACCACGACAGAGUGCCCCUCGAGGUGGGCAAAGUCAUCCAGCAGGGCAGGCAGGCAAUCGGAAUGACCCAGAAGGACCUGGCCACGAAAAUCAAUGAGAAGCCCCAGGUGAUCGCAGAUUAUGAGUGCGGGAGAGCGAUCCCCAGCAACCAGGUCAUGGGAAAGAUCGAAAGAGCACUCGGCAUAAAGCUGCGUGGAAGAGACAUUGGAAAGCCCCUGGACGCCGGCCCAAAAAAGAAAUGAAAGCAAAGCCUCGAAAUCAGUGUUCCCCAGCUGAUCUCACCCUGUCUGCCGCAAGCCGACCAGGGGCUCUACAUUGCCAAGCUGAACGCAGCCGUCUUCGGACUGCGCCAUGGGGGCCGCCUCGCGGAAUUUUCUUCCCUGCUGUAAAAAUGUAUUUAGUCCUAAAACGAUAACGUCUCUCGCCGUGCUAGUGGGGAGCAUCUUCUGCUUACAUGAUGUGGAAAUCGGACUUUUAUUUUUUUUUGGCCCCAGAUGGGUGUUUUUUUUUUUUUUUGAAUGUAUUGGGGGUUGGAAGGCAUUCCUUCUGUUUCUUUGAUACACCACAUCCCUUCCAUAAUGUCAUUGUAAAAUAAAAUUUGUUAUCCUUCACA